AUGUCUGCUAAAGAUGAUGAUACUGACGGGGUUCAGUAUUACGGUAAUCAUCUAGUGUCGGGCUACUUACUCAGUUACGGACCUACUCACGCCGACAUAUCCGGAUCUCAUCCUUUUUUGGUAGAAAACAUCCAUCUGAAAGGUCUUCGAAUGUCAAGGACAGGACAUAGGGAUCAUGUUCUAAGAGAGAGAGAGAGAGAUCAUGGCGUCAUGGGAAUGAAGGAUAAAAUUAUUGACGAUAGACCUCAAUACGGUCAACAACAAUAUGGUCAACCUCAAUAUGGUCAACAGCAAUAUGGUCAACCUUAUGGUCAACAAGGUGGUUAUUAUCCACCACCACCACCUCAAUCAUAUCAACAACCAGGUCCUAACAUCAUCUCUUUGAACUUUCCGACCGAAACAGAAUAUCAACCUCAACCUAUGCCUCAACCGGUUUAUGUACAACAACAACCUCCUCGUAAAUCUGGUGGAGGAGGUGAAGGUUGUUUAGCUUGUUGUGCUGGGGCACUAUGUUGUUGUUGUGCCGAAGAACUUUGCUGUGACGCGCUGUUUUAA